CUGAUGCCCCGAGGGAACUCGCAACAAGUCAGACCGGCUCUGCAACCCAGAAUCCAGCUGCAGCGGCUCCAGCUUUCCUCUGCAGAUCCAGACCAGCUCGCAGUGACGCUCAUAUGCCUUCUGCUCUUCAGACGUCCAACAGCUCCUUCUCCUUCAUCAGACUCAGGACGAUGUGGAUCUGAAGCUGGAAGAUGUCAUCGUAUCAGAAGAUCCAAGGCUUCCUUCCACUCCUUGCAUGAGCUGACAGAUGGAGUACCCAAGUUUUUUUUGAGUACUCUGGAUUUUAGGUGAAAUGACCUUUUCGCUCCGGAGAUGAACUCUCUGGUCAUGAGACUGAGACACACUGCGCAUCUGCUGCUCGUAGGGAUGAUGACAAACUAUGUGUGGAUGCUGCCAGCUCCCAGCAGAGUUUCCAUGGAGUCCGUUGGCAUGAGACACGUCCUGAAGUGGUGCCCCCUGCAGGCGUCCUGCGACGCUGCAGUCCUGUACUCUGUUCAGUUCCAGGGGGAGUUCGAGCUGUCGGUCCUGAACGGCAGCUGGGUCGACGCUCCUGAGUGUCAGCAGACUCCUCACGCUCACUGUGACCUGACCUUUGACCUGGGCUCCGACUCCGACUACAACCUGCGCGUCAGAGCGCAGUGCGAGUCUCAGAGGUCGGCCUGGACCGAACUCAGCGCACCGUUCAACCGCAGAGACACGGUCCUGAUGGCGCCCGAGAUGGCGGUGACGGCGGUGGGCGACACCCUUCACGUGACGUUCGACGAGCUUCCUCUCACUGCUGUCGUCAUGGUGACGGUGUGGAAGACAGGCGAAGAUCUGCAGGCCGCCGUGUACCCGAUGCCAGCUGAGCAGAAGCUGUUCCACCUGGACGCCCUGCAGGAGGGAGCGGUGUACUGCGUCACGGCUCAGACCGUCAUGGGCUCCAACCUGCACAGCAGCAGCACUGACACCCAGUGUGUGCCCAUCACAGGUCCAGACGCUGCGUGGAAGAAGCCGACCACCGUGACUGUGACUGUGAUCUUCGUGGCAGCUCUCCUGUUCUCUGUGUUCUGGUCCUUCAUUCACUGCCGUCCAGACGCCUGUCAAACGUAUUUCCACAAAGAGCCGCUGCCCCACUCGCUGAAACCUGAUUGGGACUUUUCCACCCCGAUGAGCCCUGAGGAGGCGGAGCUUUGUGAGGCGAUCCACGUGGUGCCGAGCGCCGACUGACCUUCAUGUUCUGAGAUGCUGCUGUUGAGUUCAGGGUUUGAUUUGACCUGCUUUGAUAAACCUCUGCUGAUCCCUGGUUUAAUGAACGUCAGCUGAUCUUUAGGAGGCUCGUUAGAAACGUCUGUUCUCAGUCAGGUGACAAAGCUGCAGAGGACAAACGAGUGAUGACCUCAGCUUCUCCUCACACUGUGAAUCUUCUGACCCGGAGAAGUACGUAACGCACACACCACCAACUAACACAUACUGCAGCCAGCCACCAGGGGGCGAUCCAGCUUGAAUGAAGAACAAAGACAUGUUCAUCCUUUUUUUAUACAUUGCAGGUAACUUGAGUUUUGGAGUUUUUAUAAAUGUAAUUUUCAAAUGAACAUCUGUUUACAUUAUUUAUUAAAAAUGUUUUUUCU